GUAGACAUAAGCAUAUAACAUAUCAUUUAAUCAUCACAAUGAAGUGUCUAGUGUCUACUCUCUAUCCUAAGUACACUGCAGAUUGUAGAUAUCUAAAAGGAUCAGAUGAAGCCUCUUCAAGUGACACAAGCACAACAAGACCCUCAGAGUCACACCGAUUGCAUUGAUCAAGCUUCAGACAAAAGCAUAGUAGUUCCCAACAAACAUGUCACAAUAGCUGAUAGCUUCAAAGGCGAACAUUCAUGGUUCAUCACUACUCAUAUCCCAACAGACUUUUCAAUUCAAGUCCAAGAAACCACCUACAAUGUUCACAAGUUCCCAUUGAUAUCAAAAUGUGGCUACUUAGGAAGAUUGGAAGUCCAGCCUUUGAUCUCGAAUUCUGGCAAGGAGCUCAACCUCGAAAACUUUCCAGGUGGAUCCAAGACAUUUGAAACAAUUCUAAAAUUCUGCUAUGGCUUCCCUAUAGAUUUCAACCCAGAAAAUGUGGCUGCACUGAGAUGCGCAGCGGAAUUCCUAGAGAUGACCGAAGAACUAGAAGAUGGAAAUCUCAUUUCCAAGUCUGAAGCUUUCCUAACAUUUGUUGUGCUCGCUUCAUGGAAAGACACCAUCACUGUACUGAAAUCUUGCGAAACUUUAUCUCCAUGGGCUGAGAACCUCCAAAUUGUCAGAAGAUGCUGUGAUUCCAUUGCUUGGAAAGCUACUAAAGAUGAACUCACUUGCGAAGACGCAGCGCCUAGUCAAGAGACCUGGUGGUUCAAUGAUGUAGCCGACUUCCGCAUUGAUCACUUUAUGCGGAUCAUUUCAGCAAUAAGGGCGAAAGGAACUAAACCAGAGAUCAUAGGUAAAUGUAUCAUGCAGUAUGCAAAGAGAUGGCUACCAGGAAUGGAUAUGGAGUUAGAAGGAAUAAGAGGAUAUGGUCAUGGAAAAAGUAGCCUAGAGUUCAGUAUUUUUACUGGGAGAAAGAAAGAAAGCACAGGACACAGCAAGGAUCAAAGGACAAUUAUUGAAAACCUAGUCAGCAUAAUUCCCCCUCAGCAAGGAGCUGUGUCAUGCAAAUUUUUGUUGCAGAUAUUAAAGCUGGCAAGGAUGUAUUCUGUAUCGCAAGCUCUGACUUCAUAUCUGGAAAAGAGAAUCAGUACGGUUUUGGAAGAUGCUGAGGUGAAUGAUCUUUUAAUUCCAAGAUAUCAAAAUGAAGAAAUGGCCAACAUGCCUAAUUCUUCAGAUGAAUGCACUAUGCACGACGUAGAUGUAGUGCAACGAAUUGUGGAAUACUUCUUGAUGCAUGAACAACAGCAAAUGCAACAGCAACCAAAGUUGGGGAGAUUUAACAUUAGCAGGCUCUUGGACAAUUACCUAGCUGAAAUUUCAAGAGAUCCAAAUCUUUCAAUUACUAAGUUCCAAGUUUUAGCUGAAUUGUUACCUGAAAACACUCGAACAUGUGAUGAUGGUCUAUAUAGAGCCAUUGACACCUAUCUCAAGACCCAUCCUUCACUGACAGAACAUGACCGUAGAAGACUAUGCAAAACAAUGAAUUGUGAGAAACUUUCACUUGAUGGGUGUACACAUGCUGCACAAAAUGAUAGACUGCCUCUAAGAACAGUUGUACAGAGCCAACAUGACCGGAGUGAUGGCUGUCAUCUGAACACUACACAAGUCAUGCAGGUUCUAUUUUCAGAGCAAGUAAAGAUGAGAGCCGCAAUGCAAGAGAAAGAGCAAGAACAAAGUGGAAUUAAUUCUGAACAGGAUGAAAACCAAACAUCUGCAAGUAUGGACAUCAAAACACUCAAAUCAGAGCUUGAGCACGUAAAGUCCAAGAUGAUAGAACUGCAGAAAGAUUACUUCGAAUUGCAACGGGAGUAUGAAAAGUUGAACAAGCCGAAAAAUUCAACUGGCUGGAGUUUAAAUUGGAGGAAGAUUAAGAACUCAUUUCAUGUAAAACCAGCAGGAGAUGAAAUUGGAGAUGAACAGGAUGUACCAAAGUCACCAGAACCUGUUCAACAAAAAGGAACCCCUAGAAGAAGGACCUCGAUGUCUUAAAGUAUUUCAACAAACGAAGAAAAAAAUCUCGUGUGAGAAAGACUUCUCUAGCCAUUUUUUGUAUGAAACAUAUAGAUUAAAUUAUGUACCUAAAAUUAUUAUGGACUCCGAAGACAGAAAAGUUCCUUGAUACUUGCAUACACAAACAAGUAAUAGAUGCUUAAUGAGAAAAUGAA